GCAAAGCAGAGAGGAGAGAGCUGGGAAAAAAGCAGUGAAAUGGUGUAAAAGCUGUGCGAGUCCAGCCCGAGUCCGGGGACAAACGAGGAGCGACGACGCAGGGGGAUUAUUAUUCUUUGUAGAAUUAUUAUUAAAGUCAGUAAACUCUCAGCUUUUUGAUGCUGUCCUCACGGAGGUUUGAGCCAAUAACGGACUUAUUGGUCGGCUGAACCAUGCAGAGACUGCUGCUCCUGAGUUUGGUGUUGAGUUUUCAAACUGUGUGGACGGCGAGGUUCUCUCAGGAGCCGGCAGACCAGUCGGUGGUGCGGGGCCAGAGGGUGAUCCUGUCCUGUGUUGUCUUCAACUACUCAGGCAUUGUUCAGUGGACCAAAGAUGGCCUGGCUCUGGGCAUCGGAGAGGACCUCCGGGCCUGGCCCAGGUACCGCGUGCUGCGUGUGCAGGAGCUCGGCCAGUACAACCUGGAGAUCCUGUCCGCUGAUCUGUCUGACGACUCCCUGUACGAGUGCCAGGCCCCUGAUGCUGCCCUGAGGUCCAGGAGGGCCAAACUCACCGUUCUCAUCCCCCCAGACGAGCCGGUGAUCGAUGGGGGUCCAGAGGUGUUGCUGAAUGCGGGGGAGUCCUACAACCUGAGCUGUGUGUCUCGAGGGGCUAAACCGCCUUCUAUGAUCGAGUGGCUUAAAGAUGGUCUGCCUGUGGAGGGGGCUGCCAGUACCACUGAGGUGCUUCCAGACAGGAAGAGGGUGACCACGCGUAGCUACCUGCCCAUCCAGCCCGUCGACGCUGACACUGGGAGGAACUACAGCUGUGUGGCCACUAACCUGGCUGUUCCCACGGGCAAAAGCACAACUGUCACCCUCAAUGUACACCAUCAACCGACAGUGACCUUGUCCAUUGAGCCUCGCUCUGUCCUGGAGGGGGACAGAGUCACCUUCACCUGCCAGGCUCACGCCAACCCUCCUAUUAUGGGCUACAGGUGGGCUAAAGGUGGCGUGGUGCUGCAGGGUGCCAGGGAGAGCGUGUUCACCACCAAGGCCGAUCACUCCUUCUUCACCGAGCCUGUCUCCUGUCUUGUUUUCAACGCUGUGGGAAAGACCAACGUCAGCAUCCUGGUGGACGUCCACUUCGGUCCAAUUCUGUUGGUGGAGCCGCAGCCAAAAACAGUAGAUGUUGACUCUGAUGUCACCCUCAACUGCAAAUGGGCUGGAAACCCUCCGCUCACACUCACCUGGUUUAAAAAGGGUUCAAACAUGGUUCUGAGCAACAGCAACCAGCUGUAUCUGAAGUCGGUGAGCCAAGCAGACGCGGGCCAGUACGUAUGUAAGGCCAUCGUCCCACGGAUUGGAGUAGGAGAGACUGAGGUCACGCUCACUGUCAACGGUCCUCCCAUCAUCUCCAGUGAUCCGGUCCAGUAUGCAGUGAGGGGGGAGAGAGGAGAGGUGAAAUGCUACAUAGCCAGUACACCUCCUCCAGACAAGAUUGUGUGGGCAUGGAAGGAGAAUGUGUGGGAGAAGGAGAAGGGGACGCUGCUGGAGAGGUACACGGUGGAGCAGAGCAAACCAGCAGCCGAGGGCGGCGGCGUCCUCUCCACCCUCACCAUCAACAACGUGAUGGAGUCUGACUUCCUGUCCACCUACAACUGCACAGCCUGGAACUCAUUUGGCCCGGGCACCAUGAUCAUCACACUGGAGGAGACUGAGGAAGUCCCGGUGGGGAUAAUAGCUGGUGGGACGGUGGGCUCUACCAUCCUCUUAUUCAUCUUUCUGCUGGUCCUUGUUCUUAUCUUCUACCGGCAGCGCAAAGGCAGUCGGCGCGGGGUCACGCUGGGUAAGCCUGACAUCAAGGUGGAGACGAUAAACAAGGAGACCCACAGCUUAGAGGAGGACUCCGGCAGCGUGUCCACGGCUUCGCGCAUGGUCAAGGCCAUGUACUCGCCCUUUAAAGAUGACAUAGAGCUCAAGUCAGACCUCCGCAGCGACACCAUGGACACCCGCCAGGAGUAUGACCUGAAGGACCCAACCAAUGGCUACUACAACGUGCGAGCCUCCACCCACGAUGAAGGCCGCCCCGCCUCCCGCUCCACCAUGCAUUACUCUGACUACCGCUCCCCUGCUGGAACACCAGGGGGAGCUGCAUCUAUUAGCAGCAGCGCCGGAGGCUCAGGAGCCACGGCCAGCGGAGGAGCCCCCGGUCCCCCUGGCCCCCUCACCUCCCCUGGCCGCCCCCAGGCCUGCUAUGAUCCCAGGCCCCCCUCCAGACUUUCCCACAUCAGCUACGCGCAGUUCAACACCUUCACCCGUGGCGGCCAGAGCCAGCCGCCCCCGGCUAACCCCGCCCCUGUGGCCAGCGACUUCCCAGGGGAAUGCAGCCUCCUGGACUCCACUUCCCAACUGGCCUAUGACAACUACGGAUACCCCUCACAUUACCCGACCUACCGCAUGGGUUUUGCCCCAUCCAGCCUGGCCCCGCUGGAGGCUGGCCCAUCCUAUGAAAUGUACGGGGUGGGAUCUGGGGUGGGGGGCCCUGGGGUCGGUGUGGGCCCUGUGGGUCCUGUGGGUCCUGUGGGUCCCGUGGGUCCCGUGGGUCCUGUUGGUCCCGGGGGUCCCGGGGGUCCUGCUCCCUCGGGAUCAGAGACUGGACUAGGGAAGUACGGCAGCUCCACUCGCUUCUCCUACACCUCGCAACACUCUGACUACUCCCACAGCCGACACACACAGAGGAUGCAGACUCACGUGUAAGAGACGCGUAAACACCUCACAGUCUUAGCAGAGCAUGAGGAAGCAUCUUAUAAAUAGUGUCACACCUAAAAACACACACAAUUCUGGAUUCUCACACACAUUUUCACACACGACCACAAACAUGCCCUACUGAACACAAACACGACUACAGAACACAGAAAAAAAACAUCACACACCUACACGCACAGAGUCAGAAGGCCGUGCCCAUGAGACAGGGAGAGUAUGAGAAACACAGAGGCACAGAGAGAAAGAGAAGAGUGGAAAAGAAGGCGUUUUAGUGAGACAGGGAAGGGAAAUUCCACACAAUUUUGAAUUCCCACACUCCCAAAGUGUUUGUACAUUUGAGCUCUGAAAGAGCGGACGGCGCAAGUCACAAUCAAGACUGAGAAAGAGAGCAAGAACCAGAGGGAGGACGAGAGAUCACAGAUCUUUGGAGCCCUAUAGCUUCUGCUAUGAACUGACUUUGUAAAUGAAGGAACGUCUUAAGGCAAAACUGACUGACUGUCAAAUGUGGUACACGCUGAUCGGGAGAAACCUCAACCCGUGGAAGUCAUUUCUGGCCGCCAUUUUUUAACUUUUUUUUUUUUGCUGGUUGUCUUAUUCAAUGAUCAUAGAGCACAUAUAUAUAGUAUCCCAGAAUGCCCUUCUGUACAGUGGUACAUGCCAACA